AUGUCUCUUCUUUGCUUCCAUUCCUUUUUCCGGCAAGUGGCGUCUACGCUACCCUCGCGGUUGCUCAACGCCGUUACGUGGACACUUCUCUUAAUCGUCACCGUGACGGUGGCAUCGGUGGCUCCUGGGGUGACUUUUCUGUUGGCUAUAUCUCCACCUUCAUCCUUCUCAUCCAAACAACCUUGCAACGGCGUCGGUGGUCAGUUUGUGAGAAUUCCUUUGGAUUUUCCCACAGAGAUCGUGUGUUUGCCCCAACAUGCGGUUAUGAGCAGGUCCGACCUAGAUUUCUUCUUGCCAACGUUGUUCGCUGCUUUGGUUGUUGGUGUUUCAACUUGCCUCCUUCGUUCAGUGGCCCCUGUGUGA